AUGUUUCGACAAAUCAACGUACACCCUGACGAUUGGAAUCUUCAACGCAUUCUUUGGAUAGACGAAAAUCAACAACUUGUGACAUACCAACUAACAACGGUCACAUAUGGACAGAAAUGCGCUCCAUGGCUCUCUUUGAGAGUUCUUCAACAACUCGUCAACGAUGAAGGUCAACGAUUCCCUGCAGCAGUGCUACCGCUAACUAAAGGCCGUUAUGUCGACGACAUUUACGGUGGAGCGGACUCUGAGGGAGAAUUCAAAGAAAUGAUAAUUCAACUUCAACAGAUCUGCCAGCUCAACUUGUCAACGGGACCGGCAGGUACAGUGCAAUUCGAGGAAGCAGUCAUCAAAACGCUCGGAUUGUGCUGGCAUCCAGCAACAGAUUUAUUUCAAUAUAAAUCUAGAACAUUCAACUCAACGAGCUUCACCAAGAGAGUACUGCUAUCGGAAAUAGCUCAAAUUUUCGAUCCUCUUGGAUUCAUCGCACCAGUCAUUGUUCGAGGAAAAAUACUCAUCCAAGAGCUAUGGCUGCUCAAACUCGCUUGGGAUGAUCAACUUCCACUCGACUAUGUUCGAAGGUGGAAAGAGUUCAGGGAGGAACUCACGCAACUAAAUCAACUGUCCAUCCCAAGAUGGCUAAAUCUAUCUCCAACGACUACCAACGUACAAAUACAUGGAUUUGCCGACGCAUCAACAGCUGCCAUGGGAGCAGUCGUUUAUCUACGAGUUCAACGAGACAACGAAACACCAACAAUCAGCUUGGUGUGUGCAAAAACAAAAGUUGCACCACUGAAAAAGCUAACGAUUCCACGCCUGGAGCUAAUCGCGGCCCUUCUGCUAACAAAAAUUGUGAGCUGGGCACAACAAACAUUGGAAGUCAACGCAGAAACAUACCUCUGGUCUGAUUCUUCUGUAGCUUUGGCAUGGAUCAACAGCCAUCCAUCGAGAUGGAAGGAAUUCGUUUACAAUAGAGUAACGAAAAUCCAGGAAGCAUUACCAACAGCCGUAUGGAGACAUGUCGGUGGGAUUUACAACCCUGCUGACUUCGCUUCACGUGGCAUCUCACCGAGCCAACGCAACGAACAUCAGCUUUGGUGGAAAGGUCCUGACUGGCUAGCAAAACCGCCGUCAGACUGGCCACAAAAUACAACCAGUGCUCCAACGGAAGUCUCUCUUGAAGAGAGAUCAGCAACAGCUCACCCAGUAGCUGCUGAAGCUAGGCAGCAUCCACUGACAGAGUUCCUCAACAGAUAUUCUACUUUAUCAAAAGUAUUACAAGUCACCGCAACGAUGAAUCGAGCCAUCCAACGACUUCGACGACAACCAACGCCCGAAUCAUCAGUAUUAACAACGAUAGAACUCAACGAAGCGAGGACAUUCUGGGUUAAGGUAACACAACACCAAUACUUUGAAUCUGUGUUUCAGAACUUGAAUAGGGAUAUUCAACUACCUCGCCAACAUCCACUGGCCAAGCUCACCCCGAGAAUUGAUGAUCAAGGAAUUCUCAGGCUUGGUGGACGACUAAAGAACUCAUUGCUUGAUCCAGACGAUACUCAUACAAUUAUCUUACCACGACAAUCUCGCCUGACAACGCUCAUCAUCAACGAAGCUCACCAGAAAACACUCCACGGAGGAGUUCAACUCACCAUGUCUUACACCAGACCGAUAGUAAAACUUUGCUUGCUACCAACGGACCCAACACCAGCAGACCAACAAGAUGACAACUAG